AUGCACGGACUUCUCUCCCGUCAAUUCGUCGGAACACCGAAGAAGAAGAGUCGAAGAACGGUCGAAGGAGAAGGUCGCCACCCUCUUCGUCGUCGGCGCAUCAAACACACCCCGGCUUUCGCUCACGUCACGACAGUCGCCGCCCUCUUCGUCGCCGACGCCGCAAGCACAGAGCAGAAGUACUCUGAGGUCGAAAAGGCUAUGUUGGCAUUCAUAUCAAUAGCAGGCAAAUUGCGACCUUACUUUUUGGCACAUAAGGUCAUGGUCCGGAUUAGCUUUGCGUUGAAGGAUACCUUAGUAUUUUUCACACUAGACUUCUCGUCCUCUCACCUUAUUGCUCGUUGUGCUCGUCUCGCCGAUCAUGUAUCACAUCGCCUUGGACUUGUCAGAAUGCUAUCGGACCACACCUGGGAUGCUAGAGGUGGUUUGAACUCGCCACGGCUCACUUGGUACAAGGACGACUCGUACGGUGCGCUGGUUGUCGGGCAAGCCUAG